AUGUCGCGGCAGAGCCGAAACCAGAGGAUCAAGAUCUGGAACCAGCGUCGGACGGGUUGUGUCGGCAACCCCCAGCCCCCCUCGGUCACCGAAGAAGAGCUGGUGGACAGAGUACGUGGGAUCUACACGGAGCUGGUGAAGGUAGAGAAGAAUUGCAUAGAGAUUACUAGAGAGCAAAUGAGCUCCAGGGCGGAGCUAUCGAAGACUCAAUGGCAGCGCCUCGUCGAGAUGCAUCGAACGCUUCUCUACCAGCAUCACGACUUCUUCUCCCUUACGGCUCAGCACCCAGCCGCCAGCCCGGUGUUGGGGUACCUACCUGACAAGUAUUCCAUGCCCGCCCGCAUGUGGGAUCACGCGAUUCGUUCUUUUCUCGAGCUGUUGCACCAGAAGCUCCCCAGCUCGUGGGAACACAUGCUUGAUUUCAUUCACUUCUCGUACUCGAUGAUGACACUGAUGUUAGAGAGUGUGCCCGAUUUCAGAGAGACGUGGAUUGAACGCCUGGGCGAUCUCGCACGCUACCGGAUGGCCAUUGAAGCAAUUGAUCAGAAGGAUCGCGAUCUCUGGGCUGGGGUUUCCAAGUACUGGUAUAGCCAGAACGUAGCCAGUAUCUUGGAAAAUGGACGCAUCCAGCAUCACCUGGCGAUCUUAUCGCGUCCGGAUGUCCUACAGCAGUUCUUUCACUACACGAAGGCCCUGAUCAACGUUCGCCCGUUCGCAGAUUCCCGAGACAGAAUGGUCCAAUUAGUGACUCGGAUCAUGAGUCCGCCGGCCCAGAGGCUAAGUCUGAUCCCUUCAUUUGUCAAUGCUCAUGGCCUACUCAUCCUGGAGACACCAUCAGGGGAUUUUGCUUCUCGCGCCAAGGCUUUUCUCUCAUCAUUACGCAGAGACGUGGGGUUAUUGGAUCGACCAGGAGAGCAGAGUGCUCAGAUGACCUGUUGCAACAUAUCCGCGAUCUUCCAAUACGGUCACACAGCUGGAGCGAUGCAGGAUAAAUUCGAUUCGAGGAAACGUAGCACCACAGCGGAAUAUCGUACGUCGGUGGCACAGUGGACAUCUCACCCAGGGCAGAGCUCGCGCAAGAGCUCCGAUCGUUCCACCCAGCUUACAUUCCAAGCGAGCUCGCUCGCGUUUCACACUUUGAUAGUCAUGCUUGAUCAAGUAGACAACCAGCACAUGUAUCCGAGUGUUCACAUUUCGAUGGCAUUUGUCUGGUGUCUCACCCUCAACCCAGGCGCCAUUCAAUGGCUUGAGCCGCUGGUCCCCUGGGUGAGGUUAGCAGCGUACCUCAACGGUUUCAUCAAUCUCAAAGCUACCAUCCCCAAGUUCGAGGCUGAGAAUUUUCCACUUUGUGAGGACCCACCUACGAAGCAGCUGCCGGAAGACCUUUUGAUCAGAGGGCAGGCGUGGACCCAGCUUUACUACCCAGAAAACUUUUUCGAGGCAGCGCCCUCGGAGGACGACAGACUACCCAUCGUACAUCCGGCUACUUUGAUUCCUAGAAUACAGCGAUGCCUUUGGCUUGGAGUUAGGAUCGCAAAAGUCAGUUGCCCUCCCUUUUAUUCUUUCCGGCGGACUGAUCGUUGUCUACAGUUCGCUCGCUGGAUAACAUAUGACCAGACCCAGGGAUUCAGGCCGACCCGGUUAGCAGAAGAAUAUGCACCAUGCGCUGAAUCUACUGCUUCCCUCACCGGAGAUAUAUAG